UGGUUAAGAUGAGAGUUGUGUUGGCAUUUGAAAGAAGAAGAGUGUGAUGACGACACGGCAAGCUUUUGGUUCCACACAUAGAAAUGUGAAGAGAAACAAUGCAAAGUGCAAACACAUAGAAAUGUGAGAAAUGUGAAAGCAACUUGCCUACAGAUAUAUUCAUUCACCUUCAUCUAGAAUUCCUUGACUUUUUGAUCCCUCUUAAUUCUCUCUCAUUUAAACCAACAAAUUAAUGCCUCCCCUUCACCCCCAACUAUGACGUCCCUCAUCACAUCACCUUAACCUCUGAUUUCAAACACAACACACACACACACACAUAUAUUCCUAUUUUUCUCCAAAACAACACAAACAGCAACAAAGAACCAAAGCCAUGCUUGAUCCCAGGACACACCACCCCACCACAUGGGAAUCCACGAACUCCGGUUUCUGGCCAUCAAAAGCACCUUUUGAGGAGGUUGACGAUUCCGGGAUAUGUUCACCGCGCAUGUGGGCCACGUCGAGGACCCAAGCCAUCAUGAGAGGUCAAAGGGAACUCAUGGAGAUGGUGAAGAACAUGCCUGAGUCCAACUAUGAGCUCUCCCUGAAGGACCUUGUGGAGCACCACAGGGUGGAGGCUAGGCUCGAGAACAAGGUGGAAGAGAGGGGUUUGAGGAGGGGCAAAGGUGGUGGUGGUGGUGGUAGUAGGAAGGUGGCUCAGGUUAAGACAAAAGGGAACAUUGAUCGUGGAGGGUUCUAUCUCAAGAUGGUGCUUCCUUUUUCUUUAGGAUCUAAGGAUAAGAAGAAGGUGAAGAAGAAGAGUGAGUCUUCUGGGAAUAGUAGUUCCAGGGUUACUCCUAGACUUUCUGAUGGAUCCGCAAAGGGUGGUGUUGAUAAUAAAGAGUGGUGGAAGAAGAGCCCUGCGCCGGGUAGAGAGACUGAUAGUGGCGCCUCAAGUCUCAAUAGUGAGAGUGCCGAGAGUUCUCGUAGUAGCAGUAGCAACAGCAGUAGCAGGAGUAAUAGCAGGCGUGAGAACAGUGGUAGGCGUUGCUGGCCUUUCAUUCGAAGACUCAAAAGACAAACACAAAAAUAAUUAAGAUAUGCUAGCUUGUGAUGGAACACAGUGCUCUAUGAUCUGCAUGGGAAGCUUUCUUUUCAUAAACUCCUCACAAGUUUGAAGUUUUCCCUCAAGUCUUUUGAUAACGACGUAGUGCCAUGUAACUUUUUAUGAAUGGAGGUUAUUAUUCACAUUGGAAUCUCGUAAGAUUGCAUAUCGUGAGGAUGUUCUGUAAAAAUAUAUCACUGUGCUUCAUGUAAUUAAGUUUUUCUGAUUCUCAAAACAUGAUAUAAGGCAAAUACAAGCAGGUAUGCAUGCCAAGAGAAGAUUAACCAAGUUUCAAAUUUUUAUAUAAACCCUCAGAAGAAUACCAAAACAUUUUAUGUUGGCUUGGAUCCCAUAGUUGAUUGAAACAGAUGUUACUUUUAGUUAUAGAUUCCAGGGUGAUCCAUCAACUUUGUU